UCUGCGAAACCCAUGCGCCAGUCAGGCAACUUCCUCCUGACCUCAUCAUUGCCGUAAGCUCAUUGGCUUCCUCGACAGCUUCACUGCUUUUACUAUGUCUCUGCCUGCUUACCGACACCUUUGGCGCGCGGCGCGAAUCGCAUUCAAGGGCGAUGACCGAGUCCUCACUGCAGCGCGGCAGCAGAUACGGCAAGGUUUUAGAGAUCAAGCAACACUCAAGCCGACAGACCCUUCCUACAGCUCCGCCAUCCAGAAAGCUGAAGAUAUUGCCAAGAUCCUAAGAGAAAAUGUAGUUCAGGGAAAGCAGGAUGAUUCUCGCGUCUUCAAGUUGCGCAUUCACGAGGACACCGAACGUGGAGACAACGACUCUAUCAAGACGGCCGGUGGCGGGUCAGCAACAAUGGGCGGGUGUGGCUGCAGCUGAAGGGAGGACAUCGAGGCGAGUGCGGCAUAUGAGAGAUGCCUGUAAUAUUGUAUAACAAAACACAUGUAUAACACAACCAUUGAUACCCAGGCAGUUGGUAUGA